UUCCGGGGAAGGGCUAAAAUUUUCUUGGAUGGUUAGGGGCUCUCGGAUCUAGGAUGGCUGUCUUGUCGCUUCUGUUGUUGGGUGGUUUAUGGAGCGCUGUGGGAGCGUCCGAUAUGGCUGUCGUUACUUGCGGCUCCGUGGUGAAGCUACUCAAUACGCGCCAUAAUGUCCGACUGCACUCUCACGACGUGCGCUAUGGGUCAGGUAGUGGGCAGCAAUCAGUGACAGGUGUAACCUCUGUGGAUGACAGCAAUAGUUAUUGGAGAAUACGGGGGAAGACAGCCACAGUGUGUGAAAGGGGAACCCCCAUCAAAUGUGGCCAGCCCAUCCGACUGACACACAUCAACACUGGUCGAAACCUCCACAGCCACCAUUUCACGUCACCUCUUUCUGGAAACCAGGAAGUGAGUGCCUUUGGCGAGGAAGGUGAAGGUGACUAUCUGGAUGACUGGACAGUGCUCUGUAAUGGACCUUACUGGGUGAGAGACGGUGAAGUGAGAUUCAAACAUUCUUCCACCGAAGUUCUCCUGUCUGUCACGGGAGAACAAUAUGGCCGACCUAUAAGUGGACAAAAGGAGGUACAUGGUAUGGCCCAGCCAAGUCAGAACAACUACUGGAAGGCCAUGGAAGGCAUCUUCAUGAAGCCCAGUGAAUUGUUGAAGGCAGACGUCCAUCAUGCAGAGCUGUGAUUCUAAAUCCUCUGUGCCACUGUCACCACACAGUGUUUGUAGACGUCUGUUGCUGCUUUGCCCUUGGAGCCCCGCUCCAGACUCUCUGACAUGAAGGGGCACUGUAGGAAGCAAGGGCUGCGUUUGGGCCUGCAGCCUUCACACUUGAAUUGGUCGCUCUCCCCAAUUUGGUCAGUUCUCAAGAGAGGACCUGUUCAUGAGGGCAGAGAUCCUUUCGUUCAUGUUGAUAAGAGGAAGCUGAGGAACUUCCCUCCUCGCUGGGGAUUUUACUCCUCUGACAUCAAGGAUUGCUGACUUGUCUGAUUUUCCCCUAGUUUUCUUUUUCCAAAAUGAUAAAUAAAAAAAAAAAAUAAA